UGUCAUCGGAAGUCCGCCAAAGGUCUGCUUGGCGGCUCGCCACACUUUCUCCGAUGUGCUCGUGCGCAGUGCUUCACCCUGCUAUAACUUUGCCCACGACCCUACGGAUGGAUGAGGUGCAUUUUGAUCUGGAGGCCUGAUUUGUUCGCAACGGUCAUUGGUUUAUGUUUUGGUGGCUUUCGACCCUGCAUUGCGGAGAAUACACAAUCCGGAAGCUACCUAGGUAGUCUGAACGUAAACUUGCGGAACGCACCACGAACAACGUCUCGUAACGGAGGCACCGACAUUGUGCCUGGGAUCGACAACUUGGGCCAGGAGUUUACAGCCUAUCGCAACCAACCCAAAGCAGGCGUAGCACAACACAUACCUAGCACUGCAGAGACUAUCUUCACGAAGGUGCAUCUAAAGCGGCAGACGGCCGUCCAUGGCCUUUGCAGAAUGAAGCCGCACAUGCGCCGAACCAAGCACGCGACCUGUUUUACCUUCACAUGUCAAAGUGAAAGUGAAAGUGACUGGUUUCAGAGAAUAGACUUGCUCAUGCACUCGGAAGACCACUUUGCUAUCUGUGGAAGGCGGAGCGAAAGUCAACCCAAACACAGUAACGAUUCAAGACGAGACCACCACACCAUCUUUUGAGAUGGGUAUUCGUCGUGAACCACCCAUAUCUGUCUUUCAGGCGACCCGUUCCACUCUUCCAAGAUCUAGUCAGAUUGCCUAGAUCCACAGCAGGGCCUGUAGUGGACCGACUCCACUCACUUACGCCAUCUCCUCUAUGUGUUUCUAGAAGACCAAGUCUAUGAUCCUCACUUGCAAGUGAAUUACUCAGGUAGUAUCGACUCCCGACAGCCCCGCGUCACUUGAUGC